CUGGGACUGGGGUCCCGAGUCCUCUCAAAGGCUGCCUCGGAGUCUGGGACAGAGGUAGGGACUCUCCACUGCCUCGACUUUUCUGUCACAUCGCUCUGUUAUGUCCUUGGAGAGACUUCCCGCUGACUGCAGGUUACCCAGAGGUCCUCAAAGGAGAGUCAGGUUUUAUGCUCAGAUGAGAAGACCCAAGAAAGGCGCAGAUGCUCCAGGGACCCUCCGCCGCUGAGUCCUGGCCCUCCUAGGAGGACGCUUUGCCAGUGCUGCUGUGCCCCGGGGACCCGCGUCUGAGAUGAAAGCCAUGCCCUGGAACUGGACUUGCCUGCUGUCCCAUCUCCUGAUGGUAGGGAUGGGCUCCUCCACGCUGCUCCCCCGGCAGCCACCCCCACCGUCCCAGAAGCGGCCUUUUGUCACCUUUCGCGGGGAGCCAGCCGAGGGCUUCAACCACCUGGUGGUGGACAAGAGGACAGGGCACAUUUACCUGGGUGCUGUCAACCGCAUCUACAAGCUCUCUAGUGACCUGAAGGUCUUGGUGACCCACCAGACAGGGCCGGAUGAGGACAACCCCAACUGUUACCCACCCCGCAUCGUCCAGACGUGCAAUGAGCCCCUGGCCACCACCAACAACGUCAACAAGAUGCUCCUGAUCGACUACAAGGAGAACAGGCUGAUUGCCUGCGGGAGCCUGUACCAAGGCAUCUGCAAGCUCCUGAGGCUGGAGGACCUCUUCAAGCUGGGGGAGCCUUUCCACAAGAAGGAGCACUACUUGUCGGGGGUCAAUGAGAGCGGCUCUGUCUUCGGGGUGAUUGUCUCCUACAGCAACCUGGAUGACAAGCUGUUCAUCGCCACAGCGGUGGACGGGAAGCCAGAGUACUUCCCCACCAUCUCCAGCCGGAAGCUGACUAAGAACUCGGAAGCCGAUGGCAUGUUCGCUUAUGUCUUCCACGACGAGUUUGUGGCCUCGAUGAUUAAGAUCCCUUCGGACACCUUCACCGUCAUCCCCGACUUCGAUAUCUACUAUGUCUAUGGCUUCAGCAGUGGCAAUUUUGUCUACUUUUUGACGCUUCAGCCUGAGAUGGUGUCUCCCCCGGGCUCCACCACAAAGGAGCAGGUUUAUACAUCCAAGCUCGUGAGGCUCUGCCAGGAGGACUCCGCCUUCAACUCCUACGUGGAGGUGCCCAUUGGCUGCGAGCGCAGUGGGGUGGAGUACCGCUUGCUGCAGGCUGCCUACCUGUCCAAAGCGGGGGCCGUGCUCGCCCAGACCCUUGGAGUCCGUCCAGAGGACGACCUCCUCUUCACCGUCUUCUCCAAGGGCCAGAAGCGGAAAAUGAAAUCCCUGGAUGAGUCGGCCCUGUGCAUCUUCAUCUUGAAGCAGAUCAAUGAUCGCAUUAAGGAGCGGCUUCAGUCCUGCUACCGGGGCGAGGGCACGCUGGACCUGGCCUGGCUCAAGGUGAAGGACAUCCCCUGCAGCAGCGCGCUCCUAACGAUUGAUGAUAACUUCUGUGGCCUGGACAUGAACGCACCCCUGGGCGUGUCGGAGAUGAUCCGCGGCAUUCCUGUCUUCACGGAGGACAGGGACCGCAUGACUUCUGUCAUUGCUUAUGUCUACAAGAACCACUCUCUGGCCUUCGUGGGCACCAAAAGUGGCAAGCUGAAAAAGAUUCGGGUGGACGGGCCCAGGGGCAGCGCCCUCCAGUACGAGACCAUGCAGGUGGUCGACCCUGGCCCCGUGCUCCGGGACAUGGCCUUCUCCAAGGACCACGAGCAGCUGUACGUCAUGUCAGAGAGGCAGCUCACCAGAGUCCCUGUGGAGUCCUGUGGCCAGUAUGGGAGCUGCAGUGAGUGCCUGGGCUCGGGUGAUCCCCACUGCGGCUGGUGUGUGCUGCAUAACACGUGCACGCGGAAGGAGCGCUGUGCGCGGUCCAGAGAGCCCCACAGGUUUGCCUCUGAGAUGAAGCAGUGUGUCCGGCUGACCGUCCAUCCCAGCAACAUCUCUGUUUCUCAGUACAAUGUCCUGCUGGUCCUGGAGACAUACAACGUCCCGGAGCUGUCAGCUGGCGUCAACUGCACCUUCGAGGACCUGUCAGAGAUGGAUGGGCUGGUGGUGGGCAAUCAGAUCCAGUGCUACUCCCCGGCGGCCAAGGAGGUGCCCCGCAUCAUCACGGAGAACGGGGACCACCAUGUCGUCCAGCUGCAGCUCAAGUCCAAGGAGACAGGCAUGACCUUCGCCAGCACCAGCUUUGUCUUCUACAACUGCAGUGUCCACAGUUCGUGCCUGUCUUGUGUAGAGAGCCCAUUCCACUGCCACUGGUGUAAAUACCGACACGUCUGCACCCACGACCCCAAGACUUGCUCCUUCCAGGAAGGCCGCGUGAAGUUGCCUGAGGACUGCCCCCAGCUGCUGCAAGUGGACAAGAUCCUGGUGCCUGUGGAGGUGAUCAAGCCCAUCACUCUGAAGGCCAAGAACCUGCCCCAGCCACAGUCCGGGCAGCGUGGGUACGAAUGCAUUCUCAACAUCCAGGGCAGCGAGCAGAGGGUGCCUGCCCUGCGCUUCAACAGCUCCAGUGUGCAGUGCCAGAACACCUCCUAUUCCUACGAAGGGAUGGAGAUCAACAACCUGCCCGUGGCGCUGACGGUCGUGUGGAACGGGCACUUCAGCAUCGACAACCCAGCUCAGAACAAAGUUCACCUCUAUAAGUGCGGAGCCAUGCGGGAGAGCUGUGGCCUGUGCCUCAAGGCGGACCCAGACUUCCAGUGCGGCUGGUGCCAGGUCCCGGCCCAGUGCACCCUGCGGCAGCACUGCCCGGUCCACGAGAGCCAGUGGCUGGAGCUGGCAGGCGCCAACAGCAAGUGCACGAACCCCCGCAUCACGGAGAUAAUCCCAGUGACAGGCCCCCGGGAAGGGGGCACCAGGGUCACCAUCAGAGGAGAGAACCUGGGCCUGGAGUUCCGAGACAUCGCCUCGUAUGUCAAGGUGGCCGGUGUGGAGUGCAGCCCUUUGGUGGACGGCUACAUCCCUGCGGAACAGAUCGUGUGUGAGAUGGGGGAGGCCAAGCCCAGCCAGCACGCCGGCUUCGUGGACAUCUGCGUGGCCGUGUGUCGGCCCGAGUUCAUGGCCCGGUCCUCGCAGCUCUACUACUUCACGACGCUGACUCUCUCAGACCUGAGGCCCAGCCAGGGGCCCAUGUCCGGAGGCACCCAGGUGACCAUCACGGGCACGAACCUGAACGCGGGCAGCAAUGUGCUGGUGAUGUUUGGGAAGAAGCCCUGCCUCUUCCACAGGCGCUCCUCCUCCUACAUAGUCUGCAAUACCACGUCCUGGGCUGCGGCUGCGGCUGCGGCUGCGGCUGAGGCUGCGGAGCUGAAGAUGAAGGUGAUGGUGCAGGUGGACAGGGCCAAGAUCCACCGGGACCUGUUCUUCGAGUACAAGGAGGACCCCACCAUUGUGCGGAUUGAGCCGGAGUGGAGCAUCAUGAGUGGAAACACACCCAUCGCCGUGUGGGGGACCAACCUGAACCUCAUCCAGAACCCCCAGAUUCGUGCCAAGCACGGAGGGAAGGAGCACAUCAAUCUCUGCGAGGUUCUGAACUCGACGGAGAUGACCUGCCAGGCUCCGGCCCUCGCGCUGGGGCCCGACCACCAGUCCGACCUGACCGAGAGGCCCGAGGAGUUCGGCUUCAUCCUGGACAACGUCCAGUCCCUGCUGAUCCUCAACAAGACCAAUUUCACCUACUACCCCAAUCCCGUGUUUGAGGCCUUCGGUCCCUCGGGGAUCCUGGAGCUCAAGCCUGGCACCCCCAUCAUCCUAAAGGGCAAGAACCUGAUCCCACCGGUGGCCGGGGGCAACGUGAAGCUGAAUUACACCGUGCUGGUUGGGGAGAAGCCGUGUGCCGUGACGGUGUCCGAUGUGCAGCUGCUCUGCGAGUCGCCCAACCUCAUCGGCAGGCACAAAGUGAUGGCCCGCGUCGGCGGCAUGGAGUUCUCCCCGGGGAUGGUGCACAUCGCCUCCGACAGCCCGCUCAGCCUGCCCGCCAUCGUCAGCAUCGCCGUGGCAGGCGGCCUCCUGAUCAUCUUCAUCGUGGCCGUGCUCAUCGCCUACAAGCGCAAGUCCCGCGAGAGCGACCUCACGCUGAAGCGGCUGCAGAUGCAGAUGGACAACCUGGAGUCCCGCGUGGCCCUGGAGUGCAAGGAAGCCUUUGCCGAGCUGCAGACGGACAUCCAUGAGUUGACCAGUGACCUGGACGGAGCCGGGAUUCCCUUCCUGGACUACAGAACCUACACCAUGCGGGUGCUGUUCCCGGGCAUUGAAGACCAUCCAGUCCUCCGGGACCUCGAGGUGCCGGGCUACAGGCAGGAGCGAGUGGAGAAGGGCCUGAAGCUCUUCGCCCAGCUCAUCAACAACAAGGUGUUCCUGCUGUCCUUCAUCCGCACCCUGGAGUCGCAGCGCAGCUUCUCCAUGCGCGACCGCGGCAACGUGGCCUCGCUCAUCAUGACGGUGCUGCAGAGCAAGCUGGAGUACGCCACCGACGUGCUGAAGCAGCUGCUGGCCGACCUCAUCGACAAGAACCUGGAGAGCAAGAAUCACCCCAAGCUGCUGCUCCGGAGGACUGAGUCGGUGGCCGAGAAGAUGCUGACCAACUGGUUCACCUUCCUGCUCUACAAGUUCCUCAAGGAGUGUGCCGGGGAGCCCCUGUUCUCGCUGUUCUGCGCCAUCAAGCAGCAGAUGGAGAAAGGGCCCAUCGACGCCAUCACGGGGGAGGCCCGCUACUCCCUGAGUGAGGACAAGCUCAUCCGCCAGCAGAUUGACUACAAGACCCUGGUCCUGAGCUGUGUCAACCCCGACAACGCCAACAGCCCCGAGGUCCCGGUGAAGAUCCUCAACUGUGACACCAUCACUCAGGUCAAGGAGAAGAUUCUGGACGCCAUCUUCAAGAACGUGCCGUGUUCGCACCGGCCCAAGGCCGCGGACAUGGACCUGGAGUGGCGACAAGGAAGUGGGGCGAGGAUGAUCCUGCAGGACGAAGACAUCACCACCAAGAUUGAGAACGACUGGAAGAGGCUGAACACCCUGGCCCAUUACCAGGUUCCGGACGGCUCCGUGGUGGCUUUAGUGUCCAAGCAGGUGACAGCGUACAACGCAGUGAACAACUCCACAGUCUCCAGGACCUCAGCAAGUAAAUAUGAAAACAUGAUCCGGUACACGGGCAGCCCCGACAGCCUCCGCUCGCGCACGCCCAUGAUCACCCCCGACCUGGAGAGCGGGGUCAAGAUGUGGCACCUGGUGAAGAACCACGAGCACGGGGACCAGAAGGAAGGUGACCGAGGGAGCAAGAUGGUGUCUGAAAUCUAUCUGACACGACUCCUGGCCACCAAGGGCACGCUGCAGAAGUUCGUGGACGACCUCUUUGAGACCAUCUUCAGCACAGCGCACCGCGGCUCGGCCCUGCCCUUGGCCAUCAAGUACAUGUUCGACUUCCUGGAUGAGCAGGCUGACAAGCAUGGCAUCCACGACCCGCACGUCCGCCACACCUGGAAAAGCAACUGCCUGCCCCUGCGCUUCUGGGUCAACAUGAUCAAGAACCCCCAGUUUGUGUUCGACAUCCACAAGAACAGCAUCACCGACGCCUGCCUGUCCGUGGUGGCCCAGACCUUCAUGGACUCCUGCUCCACGUCGGAGCACCGGCUGGGCAAGGACUCGCCCUCCAACAAGCUGCUCUAUGCCAAGGACAUCCCCAGCUACAAGAACUGGGUGGAGAGGUACUAUUCAGACAUCGGGAAGAUGCCGGCCAUCAGCGACCAGGACAUGAACGCGUACCUGGCCGAGCAGUCCCGGAUGCACGUGAACGAGUUCAACACCAUGAGCGCGCUCUCGGAGAUCUUCUCCUACGUGGGCAAGUACAGCGAGGAGAUCCUCGGACCUCUGGACCACGAUGACCAGUGUGGGAAGCAGAAACUGGCCUACAAACUAGAACAAGUCAUAACCCUCAUGAGCUUAGACAGCUGAGACCCGUCCUCCAGCCCCCCUGGAGGGAGGGACACACCAAGCCGUGCCUCAGUCUAGAUGAUCAUCUUUACCAAGUGCAA